AUAACAGUUAGUUGUUCGCGAGAUGUGAUACCGGCUAGACAUUGUUAAGACAAUGUCUAAAAACGAGAUCCCGCUAUCCGCUAAAUCCCUUUCUGAUGUCCGGGUUGAGGUGUUGACACACAAGCCAAAACAUAACCAUGGCUCGAGCACGCCAGAAAAAGAUAAAAGAAGAAUAGCGGAAGUGUCAAGCAGUAGUGGUAAUUAUGUGUAUGUGAACACAGCUUACGUUGGAAGUUUAAACAAUCUUACAACAAGAAGCGAUCGGAUUGAUAGAUUACCGGAGCCGCCGACAAGUGUGGUCCGCGAGCAAUACUGGGCAUGCUCAAAAUGGCCUUUUGGUCAGCGCAUGCUUGCAAUCGCCGUGGGAGUGCUGCUCGGAACAGUGAUAGCAUUAUCCUGUAUCGUCGGAUUGAACAAUCGGGACGUCGUGGACAACCUACUACCGGGACUUCUGAGAUCGAAUCCUGAGAAAUGAGUUUUGGCUUCUUGAAGUUACUUAAAACUGGAUUCAACAUUUUGUCGUAAGAUUUUAUGACUGUACACCUAUAUUUGUCAGUAUUCAAAAUGUAAACUGGCAAAUAAAGAGUUAUACUCCAAUAGACUAAGGUUUGGUGUUACUAAACCAUUUUAACAUUUUGAAGCUAUUUCAAAACUGGACUCAAAAUGUCAUCCAAGGUUUUAAUGACUUGAUACUUAUAUUUGUUAGUUAACAAAGUAAAACUGACAAACAAAUGUAAUGGAGUUACAUUCCACUCAUCUAAGGCUUAGUAAUAUUAAGUCAGUCUUAUUAUAUUCUCUAAUAUUAAGACAAAUAUUCUGACUGAAUUACCUAUUAUUACCAGUACAGCAGAUUAUUACCAUUGUAUUGGAAAUAAAAGAAUUUUGGACGCAAGUUCUAUAUGUGAUUCAUAUGUGAUCUAGGCAUCCAUUAAACAUGUAUCUAUUGACACAAUAAUUCUUACUAGAAAUUGUUUUAAAAGAAAAAAGUAGGAUUACAAAUACUGACCAAAUAGUUUAGAUCAUGUAUUGGCCUAUUUGGCCCCCAAAGAUUUGCCAAUGAUGAUCUCUUAUCUGCAUAGAAAAGCAUUUUGGUAAUGCUUACGAGAAUAGUAGAAAUCAAGUUUCGCUAAAGAUUGCUUGUAUUUUUCGAGUAAAAGAUCUUUUGGCUUGAAUAUUAAUAUCUUCCAAUAGUUUGAUCUUACAUUUAGACGAUGCCCAUCCAAUGCUUGUCUUGGUAUACUUCUGCAAUUGUGAUUAGGUUAAUAGUAAGAGAAAACAUAGCAGUAUUAAAAUAAGGACAAAAUAGAGUGAGUGUGUGAAAUAUUGGAAUGGGUGACUAAGUGUGAGCAUUUUAAAGAUCCCAACUGUAUAUAGGUUUAGGUUGAAUAGAUUAAAUCAGAACAUUAUGUUAAUAUUUAAUAUUCUAAUUAAAAAAAAAAGAACCUUUCAAAUAUUGCUUUUGUAUAAUUAAUAAUUUUUUGUAAUUAAAUUUCUUUUAAUUACCGAAUAUUAAUGAAUUAGUUCCUUCAUUUCCGUAAGACGUAUAUCAAACUUUGAAGUUUUCAAUUCGGUAGUAUUUUUAAGUCACCCAUAUGAGUACAUGAUAAUGAAUUUUUUUGAAAUAAUUUAAUUAUAAACAGUAGGAUAAUUAUCUUAUUAAUAUAAUAAAAUUGUAACUGAAAGACGUCUGUACGUGCGAGAUAUUUAAGAAAAAAUAAUAUGAGCGGUCUUAAUAAGAUCAACAGAUGUCAAUACAAUAUUUUUUAGAAAUUUUGGCUGUCUAUUUGCACAUUUGUUCGAAUAUGACGCAAAAACUACUAUAUCAAAUUAGAUGCGGAUUUAACAGUUGUAUUUCUGAAGGUCUAACUUAAAAUUGGUGUAUGUUUAAUUGUGAUACGCUCAUCUAGUGAUAAUUUAUUUUUAUUUAUUUAUUUAAACUUUAAUGCACAGUAAAAUUCUAUGUACAUAUGGCAGACUUAACACUGGACGGUGUUCUCUACCAGUCAACCAUUGGGCAAACCGAGAAAUACGUAGACGGUAUAUAUAUAUAUAUAUAUAUAUAUAUAUAUAUAUAUAUAUAUAUAUAUAUAUAUAUAUAUAUAUAUAUAUAUAUAUAUAUCUUUGUAUAUAUUUGUUUAUAUAUAAUAGUGCGCCACCUACCCUUUGUAUUUCUUUCUUUUCUCAAUGUUCUCUACCCAAAGGUUGUCUGGAAGAGAUUGCUUAGCGAUAAGGGCGCCUUUUGUAUCACUUCUUAUUACAGUUAAAUGUAUUUACUUUUUUAUAAAUGGUGCAAUAAAGUGUAAAUAGAUAAAUAAUCUAUUUAAAUGGUUUUCCUAUAUCUGAAAUCCGAGUGUACAGAGUAGAAGACAAACAUAUAGUUAGAUAAUUAAAGUAAGGAUUAGUAAUAAGCUUACUUUUUGACAUUAUACCGUCCUAUUCUUCUUAUUAAGUUAAUUAUUAUUAAAAAAUAUGAUUGAACAAUUUUUUUUAAUUAAAAAGUUUUUCGUCUUCGAAAAGCAUCGUUUUAUUUCCUUGAUUUUAUUAACUUUUUAAUAAAUAAUAUAUUGAGGAGCUAAUAAUAAUAAAUAAUUAUAUAUUCUUUGUAUUUGUUGUUUUAGUAUCUAGUAAAAUAAUAACAUGUUAUUUAACAUGUUAAAUAUAUAUAUAUUAUUAUAUAUACAUUUGUAUAUAAUAUAUAUUAAAUAUAUUCAUAUAUUUUACCACACUUUCAUAUUUUGUCUCAUAUCUUUUAAAAUCAAAAGAUAAGCUUUUUUUUUUUUUUAAUAUUUUAAGGGCUUUUACCUUCUUCAGGUAUAUCAGUCCUAUUGUACCCUGAACUGAUUUCUCCAACAAAGAUGAACAAAUUAAACAAAACAAGUGCUGAAUUUCUUACUCUAUUAGUCAUAGAUUUACAGUCGUUCUGUUUAUUUUUUCUUUUAAAACAAAUGUAUAUGUUACAAAUUAUUAUUAUUAUUCAUUAUUUAAUGGUGCAUUUUUAUCUUUGGUUUGUUAAUAUAUAAAUAAAUGAAGUCUGUUAAGAAGGAGAAUAUAUAUCUAGUAAAGAAUAAAAGUUGACUUAAGCUGUGACGCUGAUGUUUUUAUCAUAAUGACGUGCCGACGUGACGUGGGUGAGAGUCAGUGAAGCAAUUUGUGAUAUCGUAUAGUUAAUUUAUUUAAUAAUUAAAUGUACUGUAAUAAAUAAAUAUACUGUAUAGUAAUUUA